CAGCUACCUCCAAAUUACAUAAGCGGCAUAUGCUGUCUUCUAGGUGGUAAUUGGUUCUUUGUUUGGAGUGUGGCCCUAAGAACAGCGCUAACGGGUGCAGUUCCGUCACUCCAAUCCAGGUGGAAUCGCAGCAGGUAGCCCCACUAAUAUAACUUGGUACUAAAGCAAUAACGUUCUGCAGUUGCGCCUUGCCGUGAGGUACCGACUGGAUUGUCCCGGCAAUAGUAGGUGGCAUAAGUACCUUGUACCCAGGUACACGGCCCAACUUACACCACAUGCAUUCUUGGAUGGGGAUACCACUACCACUGGUCAGUGGCUGCUCUUAAUUCUUUGCUCCCCUCCCAAACUCUCAAAAACCGACUACAAACGACGGACGAACUUCCCACCUUUUUUUCUUACUAGAUAUUCUUCUCAUACAUACACCACCGAAAAGCUCGCGCGCAACUUGCGAUAUAUGCCAACCAAAAUCUGUCUCUUGAGAUUCGUUCGUUCCAUCGAGGCAACCUUGUCAAAAUGAACCCUCACCAGAAGAACAAGAUUGACGUCAAGUCGCUCACCCCCGACGAGCAGCGCCUGUUCCGUCUAUACGGCAAGCUGCCCUCGAAGUCCGAUCACUUCGCCAAGCACCUGAAAGAGCGCAAGUACUUCGACAGCGGCGACUAUGCUAUGUCCAAAGCCGGCAAGGGCGACAGUGUCGACGCAGGCAGCGUCGGUAGCCAGCACCCCGUGCCCGAAAACAUUCCGCACCUAACCUCGCCCAACGGCCAGAACGGCGGCAGCGCCGUCGGGCACCAGCACCACCCCGGCCUCCAACACAGCCACAGCAACAGCCAGCAGGUCACGGCCACCGGCAGCCCCGUCAAGGAGGGCAGCUUCCUGCAGCGCGAGACGAGCGCUGAGGGGGAUGAUGCCCCGGGCAAGGAUGCCGCUGAGCAGAACAAAGCUGUGCCCGCGGCUUCCCCGACCUCGGAGAAUGCCGAGAAUAAGGGUAUCCCGAUCCGAGGAUAGGAUGUCGAGACGCUGCUCUGUAGAAAGAGAAGGAAAUUAGGAUAAAGGGAAUGGAGGGCGUGAGCGAGGACCGUUACGAUGGCGUCUCCCGUGGAUAUGGUCUUGCCUUACCUGAUUACAGUCGAUUCUGAGUUCUACUAGGGUGCGGCUACGCAUGCAUCUUCGUCUUGCGUUCUCGCACUGCUGCUUGCGCAAGGGGGGAGGAAGGGGAGGAGUUCGUACGAGGUGACAGUGGUCCCCUUCACGAUAGUUAUGAGGACUAAUCAGUCUUUUCGUUUUACCGAGGCGUUCAGGGACGGCUAAUGGUACCGGCAAGGGAAUUCUUUUUUCGCAGUUACCAAAAAAAUGUUACGGGACGACGUUGCUUCUUCAUCGUCUUUUCUGCUGAUCUGAGAACUCUCGUUAAGACCCCUUGGUUCUUAAGUUUUUUCACGACGGCUUUUCAUCGUACAUUUUCAGUUGCUGCUUUUUUCAUUGUUAAGAAACUCCCAAUUCGCGAAUGCACACAGGAUUCGGCAUUGCUACGGUGUCAGUGUCAGUGUCAGAUUAGGUAGUUGAUUCGACGACCGGAGUUCGUCUCGGAAAAUAUGAGGCCUUAGUGCUGUGUUCGCCAACGCUUGCUAACAC